UGGCCGCCUAUAAAUCCUCCCGCACUUCGCCGCAAAAAAACACAACUGACCAUCCAGACCAGUCCGGGCUGGCCUCCUUCCUAAACCCCACACGCAACCGCCCACCACAAACCCCGGCCGCCGGCCGGCCCGCGAGUUCGACCGAGUCCAACUAAGAUCAGUCCCGUUCCGGCCAUGAUGAGCGGCGGUGGCAGUGGCAGCGGCAGCGGCGCGGGGCCGAGCAGCUCCAGCUUCGAGCGGCACGCGAAGCGGCGGCCCCCGGCGACGCCGGCGUCGGACCAGCAGCGGAAGCUGCUGCGGCUGUCGGUGCAGCACGGGCAGGGGGACGACGACGCGCUGGCGGCGGGCGUGGUGCCGCCGGUGACGGUGGUCCUGGACGGGCGCUGCAUCUGCCACCGCAUCCAGCUCAGCUGCCACACCGGGUACCGCAGCCUCGCGGGCGCCCUCCGCCGCAUGUUCGUGGACGACGCGGCCGAGGGCGACGACGACGGGCUCGACCUCUCCAAUGCCGUCCCCGGGCACGUCGUGGCGUACGAGGACUUGGAGGACGACCUCCUCCUCGCCGGCGACCUCAACUGGAAGGACUUCUGCCGUGUGGCCAAGAGGAUCCGGAUCAUCCCGGCAAAGUCGACGACCCGAAGGAUCAAGCAAUGCGGAGGCGCGGUUAACUAGCUAGCUAGUCAGCCCCGCCCGGUGAAGAACCACAGGUGUAAUUAAGCCAUACCUCUGCAGCUCCACCCCACUCUCAGCUCAGCUCAGCUCAACUCCGGCGAAAAAAAGAUUCAAGUCCGGCCGGCCCGCUGUCGAGAACUCGACGUCUCCCUAAAAUCAAAUCGAUCCAACCUUUUUUCAUUUUUCGCUGUAUCAAAAGUUCAAUGUCGCAUUGUCACAAUGAAAAGAGAAAAGAGAUCAAUUUUC